AUGGCACAUAAGCAUGCCUUACUUAACCAAGGAGAGGAAAAUGAGAUGGAAAUAUUUGGUUAUAAAACAACAACAAGGAGGUCAAAUUUCUGUCUUGUUGGCUAUAUUCUGUCUCUUGGAAUCCUACGACUCUUCUUUUAUUGGAAGCCACAAUGGGAUGUCUGGUGUCAGUGUGUUGAAUGUAGCCUGGCAGAAGCUGAUGUGAUAUUGCUUAGGACCACUAAUGAGCUGAAACAGUACAGCAAAAAGAAAGUGAUUGUGAUCUAUCCUAAUGUACCAGAUAAAAACACAUUUGACUGGAUUGUUGCUGAUAAAAAUUCUCACCUAAUGAAGUCAAUAAUUAAACCAGAAUACAAGGUACGAUACAUAAAAGUGCAGAAAAUUCGAUAUGUUUGGAACAGCUCAGACAGAGAGUUUCAGAAAAUUGGGAUCCUGGACAAGGAACUUUCAUGUUCAGAUAUUCACUCAAAAUAUGGUUCUGGUCUAACUAAAGGAGAGCAAGAACUCAGAAAACAAGUAUGUGGACUAAACACAAUUGAAGUAGAAAUUAUUCCGAUUUGGAAACUAUUCUUCCAAAAGAUCUUUAAUCCAUUUUAUAUAUUUCAAGCUUAUGCUUUUAGCCUUUGGAUGGUUAUAGAAUAUUUUGAAUAUGGCUUAGUCAUUAUUAUAUUGACUUUUAUGUCAAUCAUUGCAGCCAUAUACAUUCUGAGAAUGCAAUCCGUUAAAUUAAACAAAAUGUCAACUUCCUAUAACAGUAUCAUGGUUACAGUGCUUCAUAAAAAUGGAGAACUUAAAGAAGUGGAAUCUCAGUAUUUGGUUCCUGGAGACGUAAUUAUUCUGACUGCUAACAAGUUUUUUUUACCAUGUGAUGCUGUGUUAAUUAGUGGUGGAUGCACAGUAAAUGAAGGCAUGUUGACAGGUGAAUGCAUUCCUGUGACAAAGACACCACUACCUAAUAUAGAUAAUUCCAUUCCUUGGAGAAGCCAAAGUGGUGACGAUUACAAGAGACAUGUCCUGUACUGUGGAACUGAAGUUAUCCAGACAAAGGCUCAUGACCAGGAUCUAGUAAAGGCUGUUGUGUUACAAACUGGAUUUAACACAGCAAAAGGAGACCUUGUGCGAUGUAUUCUAUAUAACAGACCCAUAAAUAUUAAGAUGCACAGAGAAGCCAUGAAGUUUCUUAUGUGUCUUCUAGCAGUUGCUAUAUGUGGCUUUAUAUACUCAGUAAUUAUUCAUACAAGGGCUGGGGCCAGCACGAGGGACAUUAUAUUGUUUUCAUGUUUUAUGCUAACAAUGGCUGUCAACCCAGCACUUCCUGGAGCUCUCACAUUGGGUCUCCUUUACGCUCAAAUGAGACUGAAAAAACUGGGAAUCUUCUGCAUCACUCCACAGAGAAUCCUUAUAUCGGGGCGACUGAACCUUAUCUGUUUUGAUAAAACAGGAACACUAACAGAAGAUGUCUUAUAUUUAUGGGGUGUUGUUCCCUGUGUUGGCGGUUGCUUUCAGGAUGUGCACAAGUUUCCAUCUAGUAAUACAAUGCCUUGGAGCCCUAUGCUAGCAGCCAUGACUAGCUGCCACUCACUCAUUAUAUUGGAGGGAAAAAUACAUGGAGAUCCAUUGGAUGUAAAGAUGUUUGAAGCAACAGGCUGGGAACUUGAAGACUAUACAACAUGCUCCAAUGAAGAUAGAAAAUCAAUAUCCUGUACCAUGGCAAAACCAGGCACAAAUGUAGGAGAGGCUCCUGUAGAAGGAAUCUCCAUUCUGCGCCAAUUCCCAUUUUCUUCCAGCUUGAAGCGUAUGUCUGUUAUCACUCAGGUCAUUGGAAGUGAGGAACUCACAGUGUUUAUGAAAGGAGCUCCAGAGAUGGUUAUUCAAUUUUGUAAACCUAGUUCAGCUCCUCACAAUUUUUCAAAGAGGCUUGAUUACUACACAAUGAAAGGUUUUCGAGUGAUUGGCCUGGCUUAUCGAAUUUUGCAUGAAGAUGUUUUCCCAGUAAUACAUACAUUAGAAAGGGAAGAAAUUGAGCAUGACCUAACAUUUCUGGGAUUCCUGAUCAUGGAAAAUCGCAUUAAACCAGAAUCAACCUCAGUUAUACAAGAGCUCAGUGCCGCAAACAUCAGAACUGUGAUGAUUACAGGUGACAAUCUUCAAACUGCUGUGACUGUUGGAAGGGACUGUAAAAUGAUCCCCAGGACAGCCAAACUAAUUCUUAUAGAAGCUGAAGAACCUGAAGGAGAUGAAGCAGCAUCAAUCAGUUGGACAGUAAUGACUGAAAACCAAGAGAAUGAACAGAAAGAACAGGAGAUUUUUCUGGAGGUGGGCAAUACAGAUAAGGCACCAGACACAUAUCAAUUUGUCCUAAGUGGAAAAACCUAUCAAGUAAUCUUGCAACAUUUCAGUAACCUGGUACCAAAGAUAUUACUGAAUGCAUCAAUUAUUGCCAGAAUGACUCCACUGCAAAAAUCUAGUGUUGUUGAAGACCUUCAAAAAUUAGAUUACUAUGUUGGCAUGUGUGGGGAUGGAGCAAAUGAUUGUGGGGCCCUUAAGAUGGCCCAUGCUGGAAUCUCCUUGUCAGAACUGGAGGCGUCUAUUGCUUCUCCUUUCACAUCAAAAAUACCAAGCAUUGAAUGUUGUCCCAAAGUUAAUCAAGGAAGGACGAAAUACUCUUGUUACUCGCUUUCUCCUUCGAGCUUAAAUGGUCCUACAAGUAAUUUGGCAAAGUACAGACCUUCUGGGCACCUUUUAUCUCCUGCUCUGUUAUUCUCAUUCAUUCUCCACUAUACUUUCACUGUGAUUUUGCAGACCUCUGCAUUCAUUCUCGUGCAGCAGCAACCUUGGUACAAUGAAAGUGAUGUAUUCAGUGGUUGCCUUUUGGAAAAUCAAGAUCACAUCGUAGGAAAUUAUACCACAAGAGAACCUGCCCUUUCUGUAAAUUAUUUAACAACAACACUGUGGCCUAUAACAGGAAUUAAUCUUAUUAUACUAGAAUUUGUUUUCUCCAAAGGACCUCCAUUUAGACAGCGUCUCCAUACAAACUACGUUCUUUGCAUUGCAAUGACUUUACAACUGUCAGCUUAUUUAUUUCUCCUUUUUGCUGACAUCGAGACCGUGUACAUUACAAUGGAGCUUGUUUGCACACCAUACUACUGGAGGAUCUACAUUGCCGUUAUGCUCUUCAUAAUGUUUAUUGUCUCUUAUGCUGUAGAGGAAGGAUUAAUCGAAAACAGAAAACUCUGGUUAUGGAUAAAGAAGACAUGUAACUACCAAUCAAAAAGCCAGUAUAAAAAGCUACAGAAAAUGAUUGAAAACGAUCCCGACUGGCCUCCGCAGAACAGAAUAGAUUAAGCCACUUAUAAAAUCUCUGCACUGGAUGGCAAAAUUUUAGAAAAAAUACAAAACCAUCAACCAAUGAUAGAAGAUCAUCUUCAUAAACAGACCAGAAAAUGACUUUAAUCAAUCUGUUCAUGGUAUUAGCAUCAAAGGACUAAACUGACGUAACAAAUCAUUUUUUGUUUAAUUCUGUGUUUCAAUUUAAAGUGCAAAUUAUCCAACCAGGAUCAUUUGCCCCUUCACCCACACUAAACUUUCCUCUGUGUUAGACCUGAUUCUAUACAACUUCCUGUUCUAUUCGUGAGGUGAUAUGGAAUUCUAUGAAAAAAGGGGCUGUCCCUGCGUGUGGCGAGAUGAGAGCUUAUAGAAUCUCAUCAGCCCAGAGAACUUUAUAGAAGUUGGCCCUUAGUGUGAGGCACUAUAUACUACUAAGAUCCCAAUGAGUUAUAGGUAAAGUAAAUUUGUAUAAAUACAUCAGUAUA